GUUUUAAUUUCAUGCCCCAACAGACUGAAGUGUGGAGCAAUGAGUAAUUUGGCUUGUCCAUGGCUUUGUGGAGCCUAUGCUUAUCCUUCUAAAUUCUGCAAUUUCCUAUCUUCCAAAGACACUACUACCACUAUCAUAUAUUGUAGCAAUUCUCAAUUUACACCUCCAGGACCCGGACCCGGCCCGGGAUUAUCACAAAAUGAUCUCAAAUUUGUCCUUCAUGAUGCUCUUGAUGCGUUUGGUGUCAAUACUACCCAUGCCCGUAUAGCAAGAGAAGGUUUCUGCUCUCAAAUUCGGAAAUUAUCAGAUAUUGAGAGAGAAACGAGUAUUUGCAUAAAUAGAGGGGUUGAUUUAGGAAAAGCUGCACUUCAUAUAGCAGCUGAGGAUGAUUCCCUUGUUUCACACUCCUCUGUUCCGCUACCUGUUGAUGAUUUUGUGGAGAGAUUGGAUCAUCUUUCGAUAGAAUAUUGCACGCGUUAUAGCUCUUCGUUUACAUCCUCUCCAGAACACUUCAUUCACUGUUUAGAAAAGUACUUGUACGUUAAUAAGGGUUUCCGAAGGUCUGGUGCGACGAAUCAAUCAGAGCCGCGUGCUCUUUAUCUUCACUCAGUUUUAACACAUCGUUGUGGUUCUGCUUCACUACUUUCCCUUCUAUACUCAGAGAUAUUAAAGAUGCUGCGCUUGUGGGGCCUUUUAAGUUUUGAUAUUGAGGUUUUCUUCCCUCACGAUUCUUCGAGCUCCCCUCGAGGCUAUUGCAAACAAAAAACUAAAGAAUCUGAUCAAUCACAUGUCAUGACUGCACAAUCGUUGCUAGAGGAGAUGCUGAAAGAUUUGAAGGAUGCUUUCUGGCCAUUUCAGCUUGAUCAUACUAAGAGUCCUUUCCUGAGAGCAGCACGAGCUGCCAACUGUUUGGAAAGUACCAACAAUUCAGAAGAAAGUGCAUUCGAGCUUGCAUCUGUCAAGGCUUCUCUGCAUCGGCUAGAGCGUGGUGUUUGGACCAAUGUUCGUUUUGGGGACAUGAGACGUGCACUCUCUGGAAGCUAUUAUGGUCCAAAAAUAGGCUGGAGGACAAUUACUUCUGCCUGAACUUCUAUGUUUCACUUCCGUUUUAUAAUUUGUGCUGAUAAGAAAUUAUGGUGAGUUGACUGGAAACCAGUGCCAGCCUUUUUUUUUUGAUGGUUCAUGUGUUUUUUCAGACUAAUCUAAAGAGUUUGGGACAUCCUCCUUUAAAGUGAUAUAAAACGCUUCCCAAUCUUCAGUUUGAAGUUUUAAUGUGCUUUCUUCUGAUAUUAUCCCAGAGGCUUUUUAUUACUAGGAACCCGUUUGGAUUGGCUUAUAAGUUGGUCCAACCAGCUUAUAAGCCAUUUUUUACUUAUUUGGGUGUUUGGUAAAAUUGAAAACAACUUAAAUUAAGUUAAAAAGUGCUUAAAAUAAGCCAAAAUCAAGAAGUUGCUCAACCCCAACUUAUUUUUUUUUUGGCUUAAAAGACAUUUUGGUUUGACCAACAACUUUGCCCUUUUAUCCCUUAUAUUUUCUGUUAAUUCCAAUAUUACCCUUCUAAAAACUCUUUAAGCACUUUUAUCCAAACACUUAACUGCUUAUUUAUAAAAUAACUUUCGGCACUUAAAAAGUACUUUAAGCACUUAUGAUUAAAAGCCACUUUUUUUCGGCUAAUCCAAAUGGGCUCUAGGUAUACAAUUUGUCUGGUCUAUAUUUGCCUGUUAUGAUAUUUAUUCUCUUGGCAGCAUGUGAACAUCUUAUCCUCUUGCAAAC